AUGCCGUCAAAGAUUUUCCAGCCGAUCACGGCCGCACUGGCGAGAAGGGCACCUGUUGACGCAGCUCAGGCUACCGCCUCCGCAGCACGAGACAGGCUAAAAGAGAAGGUUGUUGAAGGCCUUGAUGGAACAAGGUCAACGUUACAAAAAGUCACCGGUCCGCUGGCCAACAAGUGCAAAGCAGGACUGCGCUUUUCAAUACUGAGGGCGCCGUCUCCCCAUACCUCUCAAGUUGACCUCUUCUUCCUCCUCCUCCUCCUCCUUCUCCUCCUCCUUCUCCUCUUCUACUUCUUCCCUCAGUUCGAUUCUGUUACUGUUUCUUGCGGAGAAGACGACCGGCUGGAGGUCCGUGGAAGCAUUGAUUUCUAG